AUGACUUGAUAUAAAAGUUUUUUUAUUUAAAAAAUGUAAAAGGCUUUUACUUUGAAAUGUGUUCCGCCACACGCCCUUGCCGUAACGUAUGUAGUGUAUGUGCUAUCGGACACUGCGUUUUGAGGCGAAGGCUUAGCGUACUGUUUAAUGUGAAGCCAUGUUUAGUGUCUUACGGUCUUUUUUGAACAAAGCAGGGUUUAGUUGGAUGGCGCGGUUGGUAGUGGAUACUGGCUGCUCGCAGUGGCAGUAUUUUGUUUUUGUGUAGAACUGGAUCGGAGGAUUUUAUUUUCUUUAUCCGGCUACUGUUUCCAGAUGACGUGCGAGGGAAAAGACUACGUGCUAAUUAGCGCUGGAUAAAACUGCAGCGUUUUAGUGAUGUAUUUCUCCCAGCGUUUCUUCCUACAAGCUGUUUUUUUCUUCACAUUGCCUUUCCUCUCUGUUACAGCCAUUUAUGUCGCUGGUCGGAGCUCCACUGUUACAGUAGGCGAGGACGCUAUCUUGUUCUGCCAGCUGAUUGGAACAACUGAGAGACUAACACGGAUUACGUGGCAAAGAAGGACACACACAAGUUCCACAAAUGAGAAUAUUUUUGUCAUCAUCCCAGACGGUAAAGCAGAAAGUGUAAACGGAUUUGGAGACAGAAUAGAAUUUGUUGGAAACACAAAAGAAUAUAAUGGCACAGUUCGUAUGAAGAACGUCACAUCAUUAGACCAUCAAAUCUACACAUGCAUCUUCAACAUCUUCCCAAGUGGGCCUUUUGAAAAAGAAAUCAAUCUUAACGUAUACGUUCCUCCUGAUGUCAGUGUGUUUCCUGAUGUUACUCCUGUUGUUGGUGAUUCUGAAGUGAUCCUAGUUUCCUGCAUUGCAAGAUCUCGACCUGCAUCAGAAGUGACCUGGAAUCUGGGUGAUCUCAAUAGCUCUCUGAAGAUAAAGACUGAUGUGUCUGCAGGUCCUAACGAUUACUACACUGUCAGCAGCCGCCUGAUUGGUGUACCAUCCAAAGAGCUAAACGAGCAGAAUGUCCAGUGUGUGGUCAAUCACACCAGUCUAAAAAAGGAGAUUGUUCAAAACUAUGCACUCGUCAUUCAUUAUCCUCCCCAGAUUGUGUAUAUUACUUCAGUUAAUCCUCCCACAAGUCAUCAAGAAUUCCUUUGUAUAGCAGAUGCCAAUCCAAAACCAACGCUGUACAUCUGGAGCAGGGUGAACAAGACUCUUACUGGCAGAGUUGAUGUUGAUAGGCUGGAAAUUCCACUAAACUCUGACAGCAACGGCUUGUAUAAGUGUAACGCUUCAAACCAGUAUGGUAAUGGAGUAGGAACUCUACGCAUGCAGAUUUCCACUGACUGUACCACCUGUUGGACGUCUUGCAUCAUUUGCAUCUUUGUAAAUGUUACUGCUCCUUUUUUAAUAUGGAAAUGUUUCUCAUCUGAAACAUGCACCAAACGUAUUUCAGAUCUGAGAAAAAGAAUUUUGCCUACUUCACAUGAUCCUGUGUCUACUGAUUCACCUACACACAACAGAGAACUAAACCGCAUUGACAGUGGUGAAAGAGGAGCAGAAUAGGAGUGAAGAAGUUCUGGGAACAAUAUCAGAGAAAAUCAUUGGAAAGCUGUGGAACAUCCACACUUUAAUGGAGAGGUUAGACAAGCAAAUGAAGGAGAACGUUAUGAGUCACAUUAGGAGACGUCUGAUAAAAAGAUCUGAGAUCAGCCCCGUCAUCAUUUUUCAUCCCAGGUCUGUUGAUCAGAGUCACCAGUUACACCUAAAUGAGAUCAGCGGAUGUUUUUCCCUCUCCGACAGGAUCAUACCUUGCCGUGGUGGGGAGGCUUCAAACCCUUUAUAUAUGAGGGCAAACUAAAUGAUCCUACAGAAUUUAGUUAAUAUGAAGUUUAAUUUCUGUUUAAAUUAUUUGGACCUCCACACCACGGACAACCACAUCGGAAUAAAUAAUAGAAGCAACAACACCACAGGCUUAAACAUUGGAAUAAAUUAGAGAAUGGAAUAAGGGCGUUUUCACACCAGCACUAUUUGGUCCGGUUAAAACGAACUCUGGUCCGUUUGUAACUUUAGUGCAGUUCGAUUGAGCAGGUGUGAAAACGGUGAUCGCGCUCGGGUGCGGAUCAAAAGAACCGGACCGAGAGCAGCUAGGGGAGGUGGUCUCGGUCCGGUACCAAACGAACUCUGGAGCGGUUCGCUUGUGGUGAGAACGUGAUCCGGUCUCGAUCGGAUCCAGCUAUUAAGUAUAAGCCAUUUAUUUGAGCUAAACGGCUGAUAAAGCAAGCACAGUUUAAACUGAUAUAUUAGCCAGAUAACGCUAAUUUAAUUACCACAGCUGUGAACAAAUGCUGUGUCCGUGCACGCGCCGUCUGCGCUGCGUUCACUGCUCACAGCUGUGUGACUUUAUUAUGUAUAAAUCUGCGCUGCACGUAGAAACAUUGUGAAAGCGCAGCGUAUCAGCGUUCAGUGUUAAAGCACAGAUAUUUGCGCUGGAACACAAAAUCUUCUUGCUGUAUUUACUUUUUCGUAUAUUUAUAUUUAACGUACUCCCGUGUCAGACAGCUCUGACCAAUCAAAGGACACAGGCUGCUCGCGUGGUUUAUUGGUGUGCAUUUUGGUGCGUUUACAUUUAUGACUAUUUGUAACCAGACAGAACAGAGCGAGAAAACGCUCCAAGUAAACAAACUCAUUAACAGAUUCGGACCAGAGAAACAAACAGGUUUGAAAACGCCCUAAAACAAAUCCAGUAAUCCUCUGCUCUGUGAAAUGAAAAGCCUGUUGUUGCUGUUGACCCUGAGCAUACUGAUUUAAAAACACAUGACUAGCAUCUGACUACAUCCUUCCACCCAACUGUAGCAUGGGACCCAGUAUGUGUUGAUCACAUGUUGUGUAACCUCAUGCUUACACUGUUUUAUUUGUGAUCUCACUCACAGUCACACAACUCACAAGUGUUUCUUCAACACUUUACAAACUUCUAUCCCAUGAUUUUUGGCAUGACUCUGUAUAUUUUCAUAUAGUUUCAUUCAAUGGUGAGGCACUGCGGCAUGGCAGAAUGCAGAUUUAACUUAAAUAUGUUAGCUCUCAAAUGGAUAAAAAAAACUAAUCUCUUCCCUGAUAGCAGCUAUAAUUUUGAUUAAGAUUUUUUUUUGUAAGACCAGUCUUCAUCUGUGUUUUAUCAGUUUAGAUUACUUAGAAUGUGAGUCAGCACUAAGAGAUCCAGCCUCUUAAAUUUAAUUAGGGAGACAUUUCCUGGGCAGAGAGAUGCUCAUUCAGCUUACAGUAUAGACCAGGGGGGGCCAAACUCUGGCCAUCUGGCCAAAUUUUAAUUUCCCAACAGUAUAAUACUUAUAAAUACAUUUUUAGUGGCCCAACGUUUUUCCUUUCACCUAAAGGUGGUGGUGGUAAAGGCUGUGUUGUUUUAAGUUAAGACCUAUCUGGACUGGAUUAUUUUUUUAGGGGGACGUCUGUGAAAAACAUUUCACACUUGCAACUGGACUGAAAUUAAAACGACAGGAGGAUCAGUUAUUUUUUAUUUUUUUUUUUGGCCUUCUCAAACAUGUGACAUAACGUUAGUAGCCUCACAUUUCCACUCGCUGUUGUGUUUACGUGGAUCUCUGUGAAACCGCGCACCCAGAGUGUUAUUACGGUGUGUGGCAGUGGACAAAUAGCUAUUUUUUUUUAACACCAGGAGACGAAAGUCAGAGAUGUGCGUUUGGACGGGAAUAAAAUCUUUGGAGGAUCACAGAGUUCAGCGAAAAGCAGUAGGUAAUUCAGCCUGUAAUCCGCACCCCCAUCUCCCCCUUAAAAGAGAAAAUUACCCCAGGACCCCCUGAGAAACUAAUCCCAGCUGGAUAGGACUUUAGCUAAACUUAGACAUAACAAAAGCUGAAUGGUGAGGACCAGUGAUUUUAAGAGGGAUAUUUUUAAAUUAUUAAAUGGCUUAUGUAAGAGCUUAAUUGAAGUGUCCAGUGCCGUUUUCCCAAGAGGAAGCAUGACUUAAUGAGCAAUUUGCCUGUACCAAAAUAGCAUAAAGAGAACUGAGUGAGUAAUCACAUACAUCAAGAAACUACUGAGCAAUUGGAAUGCUUUUAAUAGUUUUCUCAUUUGUUUGCAGUAAAAAUAGGAAUGUGAUUAAUACUGCCCAGCUGCUAGUUAUUGAGAGAGGUUUGACUUCUAACAUGAAUAUUCUGGCCCCUUUGAAAAAAGUUUGGACACCCCUGCAAUCAGUGUUUGUGCACACCACUCUACAUAAAUGCAUUUUUCCACUGUACUUAAGUUGCACCCAUUGCUGACACAGAUGGACAGAUGGUCAGAUGGUCUAAGUGUAAUUUGUCAUUUUUAAGCUAUAUCCAUCAUUAUCGUUUCCUCUGCACCUUCUUUAUGGGUCAGGUUCUAGAGCCUUCUUUAAAUCACAGGGCACAGGGCAGGAAUACCCCCUAGACAGGAUGCCAGUCCAUCACAAAAUAUCAUGUACAAUCAUUUCCUCACACCUAGGGUGCAGUUUUGCAAGGCCAGUUCACCUAAAACAUGUAGUUUUGAGAGGUGAGAGGAAACUGGAGACCCCAAAGGAAACACACCAUAUUCCUGACAGUGUGACUGGAGCAGGGUUCUAACCCACAGCCCCAGACCCCUAGAGCUGUGCAACACAUGCAGUAGCAUCAGAGAGCCCAUCCAUAUCUUUAAAUAUGUUUAAUAUGGUUUUCUAAUCUCUUGUCCGAAUGUUCGGAUGUAUGUUUUGAACCAGUUCCCUUCUAGAGAUAUCAGACUUCUUGUUUAUUUGGUAGAUUGAUAGUCACAUUUUUUUCUUGCAGUGGUCUAGGUUUCAACUUAGUGAAGGACAAAUUGCUGAUUUAUCAACAAGCUAGUUUAUAAGUAGUUUUCAUGUUAAUUGUGAACAUAAGGAAAGGUGAGGGUGAAAAUAUCGAUUUUCCUCUCUAGAUCUGUGUAGAUGUCUGAACAGUGAAUCAUCUGGUCAUCAAGUCAUUGCGAUGUGCGCAUGUGCAAUAGUUACAUCGCAGGAGGUGCAAUGUCACCUAAGGCAAUAAAUCAAACACAUCUUGAUGCAGUGUUUUGAUUUUUGGCACAAGAAGUAGAUACACAGCGCUGUCUCUGUGUCUGUGUGAGUGACAGGCUGCUGCUCCCUUAGAAGCGUAAGAGGGGGCGAGCAGGAGUAAACACAAGGUAACCGCAUGGCCUCCAUCCACAUGGGCAAGUGCUUUUUAACAUGGACACGUGUCGAAAGCUGUGCACCUCAGUCCAGCACAGAUUUGCGCAGAUAUUUCCAGUUACAGCUGUAUUCACACUUUUAAUCUUAGAAAUGCUUAUAAUCUUAUUUACCUUUUAAAAAGCCAAUUAAAUGCCUGAUUAAAGGACGAUUAUUGUUGUUUUGCUGUUUUCCUGGGGUUUGGGGCUGGUGACGUCAUGGGCCCUGCAUUGUUUAAUUUCACGAUGUAUAUAUUGUCCAAAAAAAAAAAAAACAUUUGCAAGGUAUUUUUUUUCAAUAUCGUGCAGCCCUAAUACCAAGGUUCUAAAUUUAACCAUGUCUAAUCUAACACUGAUCAGUGCUUCUAAUAACACCAUGAACGUAUGUGAGAGGAGGAUGUGCAACAGAGCAGCGCCUUUUGUCUAGAAAUGGAAGACAAGCUUUUAGUGUGAAACUUGCCCUGACACUUUUAACGACCAGCCUGAAAACAAAGCUCAAAAUACAUUGAUAACUGGACAAACCAAACCAAGUAAAGCAGAUCCAAACCAACUUAUUUAGACUUUUUUAUCUUAUACCCUGCGCAAAGCAGAGUUGCGAUGCUUAUUGCUCUCUUACAACCCCAACAUUCUAUUUUAACGAUUUGCACCAGGGUUGUUAAAAUAGGGACUGAAUUUUAAUAUCUAUGGGCUGAUGGGCGUGGCAGUAAGGAAGUGAGGUGUGUUUAGGUAAACUUCUGGUGUAUUGCUAUCUUGGCAGCAGAAAACACAGGUGAGCCACUCACUGAUUAAAACCCUGACAACAGUCAGCCAUCAGAUGUUCACUGCUACAUAUUUUUAUAAAUAUAAUAAUUAUAUGACAAUCAAUAAAAUAAGUCUGCAGUACAUAUAAAUCUACGUUAUAUGUCCAAACCUAAGAUUAAGAGCUUUUCUAGUCCCUGUAGAGAAGUUCUGUAAAUAGAAUAGGUCUAUUCGAAAGGAAAGGAUGUUUUUCCAGGUCAUCAAAGGAGCAUUGAGCUGUGGAGCAGUGGAACUGUGUUUUCUGAAAUGAUGGUGCUCCAUCCAAAACUAUAGGGAUGAGGGGUGGUGGUGAUCAUUCAAGAUUCCGGACUUCACUAGUACUUUGAAGCUAAUCCAAUCCUCACAGCAAUUCUCCACAAUCUAGCAGAAAGAUCUCAGUGGACAAUCGAGAGGGAGUUACUCCAACAAAAGCAGCAUAGAUUCUUUUUAAAACUUGUGUCCAAAAGGAAAAAUGAAUUAGCAGGUCUCCCAAUGCAUGUGUCCAUAUAGUGUCUCAAGUCACUAGGCUUAAUUUGUCAUUUCUAUCAUAUGUUAGUAGACUUUGGAACAUAGAGCUGCACAACACAGCAGUUUCUGUGUCGGGAGAAUACAGUUUCAUUUACUGUGCGUGAGGUAUCUACAGUACACGUUUCCUGAAAAUGAGAUGUGUCUGAUUGAGAUAAGUGUGUGUGCACGAGUCAGUUAAUUCCCUGUGUAAGGAUUAGUUAAUUCUCUGUGUGUUGAGAAGUCUAAUGAUUUGGGGGUAGAAACUGCUGCAGAGUCGGGUCGAUUGAUUGAGCUGUCCACAAUGGGGGUGACUUUGCAGAUGCAGCAUACGGGGCCCUUUUUUAGCCAACUAUAGUCAGCACAUUUACUUUGCACUGUGCUGCUUGAUUUCGAGCGUGUCAGUGAAAAAGGACGCGUUGUGUGAAUAAAAAUGCGCAAAAGGCAUGUACCAAUUGUCUUAAUUCAAGCAUGUUUUUUUUGUGCAUAAUGUGAAAUAGCAAGAGUUCUGACAAACUUUGAUAUUCUGCAGUAUUCAGAUUAUUAAAUGAAUGAAAAUGCACUUGCAUUGCUUCAUGAAGGAGAGACCCCAAUAUUCCCUGUUCUACUCAGCUGUCCUCACAGUUGGCUGUAGGUCUUGUGGUUUGAGAUGCAAUUCCCGAACACCACAUUGAUGCAGCUGGACAGCAUACUGUCUAUCUUAAUUCUAUGACUGUAUUUAGAAACACCAAACAGCCUGUGCAAUGCUGUUUGGGCCUGCUCUAAGUUGAAUGCAAUAAAAUGAAAAUAAUAAAAAAAAAAUAGAGAUUAUUAUAUAUUGCUAAAUAUAAAAAAUAUGUAUAUGUAAAAUAUAUAAUGAAUUAAAUUAUUAUACUGCGUUUUAGGCUGUGGCUAGUAGUAUAAUUUAGCUGUUAAAAUACUUUACAUAGUAAGCCAGUGACAAAGUCGUUAUGUUAAGUCGGUUUGUUUUGUUGUGCAGGUGUGGCGUCAUGCUGUAUGGCUUACAGUAUUUUCUCAUGUUGGCAAAACAGCUGCUGUGUAUGGUGUGUAAACAGCUCGCUUCAUUUCACUAGAUGUGAAAUGCAAUUGAUUAUGCACUACCUAACCCAGGAAGUGAAACAACAGACUUGAGCUCCUCCCUUUUCUGUAUAAACUGCAGAUCAGCUAGAGGACUUGUAUUUUGACAUGUAAGGGUCAUUGUCAAAAUACUGUGCCUUUCGACACUCAAAGAUUUUGACCUUUUGUUACUAUUUAUCAUAUUUAUAAGACACCAGAUUACACAGAAAUCAUAUUUUUCUAGCUAAAUCUCUUUAUACUUUCACUUGCAUGCAUUUGGCACGCUGAAAAAGGCAGGUCCGCUUCCUCUGCUGAGAAGCCCAGAAGCACUGCGCCAUUAAAAUACCAAUCCGCCAAAGUCAAAACACACCUGGCUCUUAAAGAGAAUUGUAAGUGAUAGGCUGAUUGGUUUAUUAGACAUUACACUCAAACAGACCCAUGUCUUUCAAGAGAAUUAGAAUAUGCCUAUUGCGCUGUCAUGCAAAGCAUACUUUUUGUGUCUUCACGAUGCCAAAGACACACUGACACGCCCUAAAAGAAGCUGCACGGUUGACGACUUGUCUGUAGAUUGCAAAAAUAGGGCCCUUUCUUUUUUGUGUGUUUAAAAUGAUAUUUUUUUCACAGCUAGCAGUUGAAUGAGGAAGGAAACCAGGCAACUAAACAUUUGCAUUACCAGCUAGAAAACACAUUUUAAACAGCCUAGCCCUCAAAACACCCUAAAGUACUUGUAGUUUUUUCAUCACAGGGUGUUUGUCAAAGUUCUGAUAGCUGAGCUGGUGGAUCGGCUUGCAGUUUUUUUUCGGCGGGUGCCCUUGAAUGUGAGACACUGAAUACCAUCAUAAGGCCAUCAAGUUCAUAUUUUGGUUUUUAAAUAGAAUCUGCAGACAUUUAUCAUAACAAUCCACAAGGCUGGAAAAACACAGCAUCUGUCUCUGUCCUUAGUGCUGUUCGUCAGAAAAUAGACUGACUCACUGCUGAUGCACUGCUGACGCACUUAGAUGGAGAAAGGAACAAGCAAUCUAAUUCUUUUGUAGAUUGGCUUACAUAAGCUACACAGUGAUGGAUAUAUUCAGGGCAACAGCCAAUAAGAUUCCAAAUUACUAUCAGUUAUAUUAUUACUGCACAUUUCACAGAGCAGAGCACAGGAAUAUAUCUCUAAAGCAUUGUAAACAUCAGUGUCCCUUUCUAAUCCUGUUUUUUAUGUCUUGUUGAAGUGUUUUAAUGUGUAGCUUCUACUAGAUAAUUGUGCACUUGUCUUUAAAUAAGACUGUUUAUUCUUGGACCACCUUAUAAAACAGCCUAACAGAGCUGGUGUCUCUGAGUACCUGACCAGUCUUGUUUAAACAGUUUCCCAACCCUGGUCCUGGAGGUACUCUGCCCUGCACAUUGUAGUAGAUUACUGCUUUAACAUUUUCACUGCAGCUCAGAAAUGGCUUGUAAAUAAACUAAUUAGUUCAAUCACGUGUGUUGGAAGGGUGGCCCCAGGUCCAGGUUUCAGAAAUACUAGCUACUUUCAAAAUCUUAGGCUGCUGUCAUAGUGCAUGGCUAAGCACUAUACUGUUUGUGCAUGCAGUUUGCUGUGCUGAGUGUCUCUGAUUGAGUGAUGCAUUUUUUGCCUGUGUGAAAACAAACCAAACCGGGGAGAAACACCCUGUUUUAAUUUAUAUUUAUUGUAUAGGAAGUUUUUUUUUUUUUUUAACUGGUAUGCCCUAUUUACUAGUGUUAAUAGAUCAAUAGUCAAGAUUGAAAAAUCACGUGUUUAGUUUGGGAUAGAACAAUGCUUUCUUUUUAAGCCUUUCGAUCUGCCUCUGGUUCCCAUGAUGAAUACAGUGAGCAUUUAUCUCUAAGAUCUCUUAGAUACACAAUAUAUCUAAUCAAGCUCAAGUACUCACACAUUACAGAUUGUUCUCGGUACAAUAGUGGCACUUGGACAUUUAGGUUUUGGUAGUAAAAUACUAAACAAAUAUAAACCUAGUAUUCAGCCCACAGUGAUUAGCUGCUGUUAGAAUAGACAAGUAUAUUCAAAAGCAAAAAUGGCGUCACUUUGUAGCAGCUUUAUCUUUUGAGAGGACUGGUGUACGUGAACUGAUGUAGAUGUUAGGAAACAGGAGAGUGAAAACAGGAAGACUCAUCCUGAGAAAUAAAAUGAGAGGUGUAUGAUCUAGUAAAGCCUGUUAGUAAAGCCUGUUUAACUGUAAUUGAAGAAGAAGUUUAUGCUGAUAUGGCAUGCGAAAUCUGAUCUUGAAGCUUUUCUGAGAAACAUUAAGAUUCUCAUCGAACUGCCGGGAAAGCUUGUGUGUUUCAAAGUUUAGAAAUACACUAAAAUUAUUUAUCAUCAUUUUUGGAGCAUUAAACCUUAAACUUACCCUAGCAUUAAAAAAAAUAUGUAUCUUCAUUUUUGGAGCAUUAAACCUUAAACUUACCCUAGCAUUAAAAAAAAUAUGUAUCUUCAUUUUUGGAGCAUUAAACCUUAACCUUACCCUAGCAUUAAAAAAAAAUAUUUAUCUUCAUUUUUGGAGCAUUAAACCUUAAACACCCCCAAACUGUGGAGGGUGAUUCAUAAAGAUUACCACAGAUUAUCCAUGAUCUGUUACACUACCAAUAUUUAUACUUUAUUAUAAUAGUUAAUUUCAGUCUUUCUACCUGAAGUUUCUUUAAACUAUAAAAAAUAUUAUACUGCAUUAUACAGAAUGUUUGCCCUGAAUAAACUGUAUUUCUACAAGUCACCCUUAACCUCACUGUGUCAAGUGUGUUCAUUCUUGCCACACUUGCUCAGGAGAUUUCUCAUGCAUUUUUUAGGAUUUAUGUCCAAGUCUGGCUGUAAUCUGUGAACUUGAACAUGUUUUCAUUAUACAAGUUUUACUUUUUAAACAGAAUUUCCUAACUUUGACAUUUCCUUGCAGUGGGAUUGAUUUAAUUUAAAGCUGUUUUUAAAAAAAAGGCUUAUGACCCUUGAUCUAUCUGGGAACCAUUAAAAUUCUCAUAGAACUGCUGGUUAGUCACUGCUGGUCAGUCUCUCACAGUCAGAGCCCACCCACAUCGCUCCAGGACCACACUGCAGAUCAACUGUCCAUGCCCACAGCCGCCGCUGACUGACCCCGCCCCCUAUUUACAGAGCAGGAUGUAAAUGUAAAUGUGUCUUCAUUGUGACACGAAAAGAAAUAACUGAAUUUAACUCUCACACAGUCUCAGUCAGUCAUUUACCUCGAUCACCACGUAGCCUUUCUGUAAAAAGCAUAACAUGUAGAUAGCUAGCUCAUCAUUGAACAAUUAGUCUUUUAAUAGGUUUAAAAAUAAAGAAAACUAAAAAAAAAAACUUAAAAUAAACAAAAACUGAACUGCUGCUCUUAUUUUUUUGCUCAACGUGGCAAAAAACUGAUUUAUGUAAUUUACGUAAAAAUGAAGUUAUUUUGAGACGUGACUGCCUAUUUAAAAGCAGCAGAAGUUGAUCAUUUGUUAGAGUUCAUUUGUUACAUUUUUUAACAUAUUUAGGGUGUUUUACUCCAUUUUUUUUCUCUCCCACAACGUGAAUCCUUUACAGCUUCAAAAACAUGUAUUAUGCAAAUUAGGCAAUUGCGUUAUUUAGCGACUUUUAGGACAGCCAACAGCUACUUUCCUUACUGAGGGGUUGGCAACAAUAUACAUAAUGCAGCUUUACAUGAAUCUCGUAAUGACGAGACAUAAGCAAUAAACAAAAUAAAAACACAAAACUCCUAGACAAAUUACUGUCCUGGUCAGGCACUCAGAGUUAAAAUUUGACCAAAAAUUAAAUGAACAUUUUUUUCUUAUAUUUAUUUAUUUAUUACUUGUCAAUUAUCAUGAGUAAACCUCCGUUAAAACUUUUGAUCACACAAAUGAUUCAUUAUGUUUUAUAUGCAUUAAGUGAAGAAAUAUUUAUUUUUGGAUUGUUAAACAUGGCAAAACGUUGGUCAAGUUAACCUGCGAAUAUUACCACUGUUCUUAUGAGUUCUGUUUAACUGAUUAAGGUCUGCAAGUCUGAAUAAUGUAGCUCAAUAAUGUUUUUCAGAACAUUGGGUAUUGUGUAAAAUGCAUACAUGUUGGGAUUUUUUUUGCUUUCAUAAUACUUGUUUUGUAAAUCAAUGUUUUUCCUAUUUUUAAAUUGUCUUCACUGUAUUUUUGCAUUAUAAUAAAGUAUCAUUAUAGUCAGUAUAUGUGAUUCUUUUUUGCUGAGUUGACUGUAGGUUAUAGAAGUAGAAUGAGUUGUUUGUCUUCAUGUACUUAUUAGGUGUGUUUGCAGUUUAGUUUACCGCACUUGUCUUUGCAUACCUUGCUUUUCGUGCAGUUGUGUUAGUAAAAUAUUUUAUGCAUGUUAGAAUUGUGGGAUAUGAGAUAUUGGAAGAUGAGUGUUGACGAAUCAGCAUAUGUGCAUGAUUUAAACACAAGUGUUGGGACAGAUGCUGUGGACUAAAUGUUUAAGUGGGGUUGGGACUUUAAUAAAUGCAGGGGAUUUUUUUUACUGCUGUGUAAUGUGUCUGAGAAUAUUUGGUUUGUGGUGUAUGAGAACAUAUUCUGGGAACGUUUAUGAGGUCAGAAAAUGAGCUCACAUGAAAUGUUCAUCAGAACUGCUAUAUAUGGAUUGUGUAAAAAUAAAACUGGGUCCGCUGUGGCAUAACCUGGUUUAUGACCAUAAAUAUAUAUACCCAGUAGUUUUUAAAAGGUAUUCAACACCAUUUCACUGCUUUAAUAACUACUAUGUUUGUUUUUUGUAGUAUUUAUUCAUUAUUGUGGCUUGUUUGUUUCUCAGUUUGUUGUUUUUUGUUACUGUUUUAAAACAUUGUAUAAUGCAUUUGUAUGCUGUUGUAAAUGACUGAGUUUUCAACCUCUGUGUUUUUUUAGAUGUAAACAGGCUGCCUCUGUUGCUGAUGUCAUAUAAAUUAACUGUCUUUUGA